UUAAGUGUAUUUACAUUUUUAGAAAUGUAAUUUAUAAAUACAAGGAAAUGUAUUUACAAUAAUUAUGUUCUCUCUCUUUAUCUAGCUUGCCUCAAUGUGGAUAUUUCUGGACAUAGUAAAGAGUAAAGGACUAAACACAGAGCUGACAAAGCAGGAUCUCACCUUUAUUCAGAAAUUAAUUCAGGGGGAUUAUGAUAAAGUUCCAAAGAACAAGUCUUUCCUGUGUGAUGUUGUGGCGAAUAAUUUGAAUGGCAUUGACGUGCGAAGAUGGGACUAUUUUGCACGGGACUGUUAUUAUCUCGGCAUCCCAAACAGCUUUGACCAUCAGCGUCUGCUGAAAUCUGCUCGAGUCUGUAAAGUCGAAGGGUCGAAUCACAUCUGCUUCAGAGACAAGGUGGCAGAUAAUAUUUAUGACAUGUUUCACACCCGCUACACUCUUUAUCAGCAGGCCUACCAGCACAAGAUCGUCAACAUCAUCGAAGACAAAAUCAUAAAAGCUCUCUUAGAAGCAAAAGACCCGCUUGAGAUCUCACCGAUUUCAGAAACCCUUUCACCUGAUGAUAUCAAACAGAAGAUCGAAAAUAUUACAAGCAGCUCACGAAAACGCAAGAUGACGACACAUGAAGAUGAAAAGACUGCAAAGUUCAUUAAACUGACAGAUCACAUCUUUGAGAAGAUCUUGUACUCCAGUGCUCACAGCCGAAAAGAGCUUGAGGAUGUUGUGAUGCGACGCCUGCCGAAGUGUGUGGGAGAGACUCGACUACAAGAAACUGAAGAGAAAGAUGAAGAGUCCUUCAAGGCUGAGUGGGAAACAGCAGUGGCCGAGUGGAACAAACUUCACCCAGAUCUGGUCUUGUAUAAGGAGGAUUUCAGCACUGAAGUGAUUAAACUGGAUUAUAAUAAAGAGGCUGAAAACCCUAUCAACAGUGUCUAUUUCUACAGAAAGAAGCAGCAGAAUAAAGGCCACAAGAUUCGGAAAUAUGAGAUAUCCAGUCUUCUGCCGAAGAAGUUUAGUGAACAUGUUGGUCGAGUUUACUACACAAAAAACUCUGAUGAGGAGGAGAAGGACGCUAAGGACUGCUUUAUAUGGUGGCGCCUUGGCAAGUGUGUAAUUGAGCUAUACGAUCAGAAUGAGUUUAAAGGUACCAAGUGUGUGGUCACAGGGAACUGUUCAUCAUUGGACUGCUGCAGUAUAACAGAGGUUCGCUCCUGUAAGGUGAUCCAAGGCGUCUGGAAGCUCUGGAAGGGUCGUGGCUAUGAUGAUUACCUAAUGAAGGAGGGAGAGUAUCCCAAUCUUAAGGCAUUGAGCAAUAGCAUACCCACUGCUUCUGCUCCUGCUCCCGCUCCCGUUCCUGAUCCUGCUUGGUGUCUUGAAUGUUUGCCAUUUAAGAUCCAUCUCUAUGAAAAGGAGAAUUUUGAAGGCCAAAUCUUUGAAACAACAGUUGACCACGGCUGUGGUAUAAAGGAGGUCCGCUCCUGUAAGGUGCUCAGUGGUCUCUGGGAUCUCUAUGAGGGUCGUGACUAUGCUGAACCCCAUUACCAACUGAAGGUGGGGGAGUAUCCCAAUCCUGGGUCAUGGGGCAAUGGCAACACUGCUCCUGCUCUGUCUGUUAAACGUAUGACAUCUUAUAAGAUCCAGCUUUUUGAAAAGGAAGAUUUUGAAGAGCCAAUGCAUGAGACAACAGUUGACCGUCAUUCAUUGGACGGCUGUGGUAUAAAUGAGGUUCGCUCCUGUAAGGUGCUCAGUGGUCUUUGGGGUCUCUAUGAAGGUCCUGCAUAUGCUGAACCCCGUUACCAACUGAAAGAGGGGGAGGAGUAUCCCAAUCCUGGGUCGUGGUGUGCCAGUGACCCCACUGCUCCUGCUCAGUCUGUGAAACGUGUGACAGAGUAAAUUCUAUAACUGCAUCCAUCUUUUGCCCUCAUUCAUCUUUAAAGUAGGACUGUCAAUGUAAAUCAUUAAUUUGAUGUUUAAUUAUAAUUUCUAAACAAAAAUUGUCUAAUCAGGGAUUUACUCUGCUCUCAAAAAUUUUAAUAUGUUUUACUUUAUCUUAAUUGUUUUCUCUCCAAAUGGCAAGAUAUACACUAUACAUUGGGAAUAACUUGAUUAAUUACGUAUCCUGUCAUGAUAGCAUGUCAUGCAAUUAAUUUGAUUUCGCAGAUGCUUUUAUCCAAAGCGUCUAGAAAAGGAGUAACUCCAGGAUUGAAUGCUUACAACUGAUUGACAGCUACUGAAGCCACAUGUGCCUAAAUGAGAUUAUAUUGUGAAUAAAGCGUGUGGCAGAUGCUGCUGAAAAAGAGCAGUGCAAUGAAAUAACAGUGAUGAGUAAAUCAGUUUAUAGAAACCGCUAUUAAACUAUAGUGGGGGAGGAUUUCACCUUGUUUUUACUUCUUCACGAAUGCAGUAGACUGAUAUUUGGGGCUAAUAGUUGAUUUAUGUUAGUGUUUGAGCAGCUUUCUAUAUGCAUGUCGUAAUUAUUAUUAUUAUUCACAAUGUGGUGCUGGAUUUUGGGUGAAUAGACACUAGUUAACAGAAGAUAAUGGUGAAGGGUUGUGUUAUAUUAGGACAGGUUUGUUUGCUGAUGGAUAAAUAUAGGUAACCGAUGGACCAUUUAUUUAUUUUUUUGGUAAUUUACUGUGUGUGUGUAGAGUAGAGAUCUGGUACAGUUCUUGUGAGAUAUUUUGGGGAGGUGCUAAUUUUUAGAGAUUGAAUUUGACAUGGAAUCAGUCUUUCUACAUCUAAUCUUUAAUAUUUUAGGAUGCAGGAGUUUACUUAUAUAUUUCUUCUGUGAUAAAUGGGAAAACAGGUUAUUGGGGGAAAAAUGUAAUGCAUUUCAGCUUGUUAUUCUCAAAAACUGACAAAAAUAAACUGUAAUGCAUCAACAACAA